AUGGCGAGAGAGAGCUGCGGUUCCGGGCUGGAAUGCCCAGGGAUCUCCCGGUCCCGCUUCCGCCCUCGUGGGCCCUGCAGAGCCUGGGCAUCUGCUUCUGUGGCGGGCCUGGGGGGAGGGGGGGUUGCCGGCACCAGCCUGGAGCCCAGCAGCAAGGGCAGGCCCAAAUCCCGGCAUGGCUCUGAAGGGCGCCUGGCUCGGAGUGGCUGUGCAGCUGACCUGCAGGUGCCCUGCAACCGCCCCAGCGGCCACAUGCCUGUGCGAGGGGGCGCCUCUGAGCCCCCCUCCCCCCGGGCCUGGCACCGCCUGGCUGCAGAGCUGCUGAGCCCACACCUGGCUCCGCAGAGCCCUUUGCACGAACCUCUGGACCAUAAAACACAGAGCACACCCAUGAUCGGCAACGGCACCCAGAAGGCCGUCCUGCCUCCUGCCCGCCCGCUCGCCCGGGGGGAACCGGCUGCAAAGGCAGCCCGGGCGACGGCGCGCUCACCGCCGCUGGCUCGUCUCCAGGUGGCGAUCAAAAUCAUCUCGACGGCAGAGGCCCCGGCGGAGUACACCAAGAAGUUCCUCCCGAGGGAAAUUUACUCCCUGAACGUCACCUACAAGCACCUCAACGUGAUCCAGCUCUACGAAAUGUACCGGAACAGCAAGCGCGCCUACCUGGUUCUGGAGCUGGCCUCCCGGGGGGACCUCCUGGAGCACAUCAACGCCACCUCUGACCGGAGGGAGCACCCCGGGCUGGAGGAAGAGGAGGCCCGCAGACUCUUCCGCCAGAUCGUCAGUGCCGUCGCUCACUGCCACAACGCGGGCAUCGUGCACAGAGACUUGAAAUGCGAGAACAUUUUGCUGGAUGAACGAGGCUUCAUCAAGCUGACAGAUUUUGGUUUUGCCAACCGUUACUCUCUGAAGAACUCACUAAUGAGCACGUUCUGUGGCUCCGUGGCCUACACCGCCCCCGAGAUCCUCAUGAGCAAAAAGUACAACGGGGAGUUGGCGGACCUGUGGAGCCUGGGGGUGAUCCUCUACGCCAUGGUGACCGGCAAGCUUCCGUUCAAGGAGCGGCAGCCGCACAAGAUGAUCCACGUGAUCAAGCAGGGCCUCGCCUUCCGGCAGCCCAUCUCCCCAGAAUGCCAAAACCUCAUUGAGGGGCUGCUGCAGCUGAAGCCGGCCGCCCGCCUGGGGCUGCAGCAGGUGGCCACGCACCGCUGGAUGCUGCCCGCCACCUCCGCCAUCUUCCACCGCGUGAUGAGCUCCAUGGGGGUCCAUCCCGAGUGCGGCGCAAGCCCGGAGAAGUCGCAGGUGGCGCCAGGAGAGGCCGGGGGCGCCGCCUCCCAGCUGCCAGACCUCGAGAGCACGGCCCGGACGCCGGAGGGGCCGGCCAAGGAAGGCACGGCCCUGCCCACGCCCCGGGCCUCCUCCGCCAGCGGCGCCUUCCCCACCCGGGCCAAGGCGGAGAAGAAGGGGCCCGAGGUGGCGGCCGCCAGCUGCGUCCUCCAGCUGCCCUGCCCGCGCAAGACCGAGCGCCCCCCGCGGCUCUCCCUGUACCGGCCCAGCCUGCUCACCACCCUGCAGCCCUUCCACCACCUGCCCAACUUCCGCAAGCCGGGCUCGGCCUUCUCGGCCAGCGCCUACGCGACCAGCAAGCGGCUGGUGGAGAAGGUGCCGGCCCGGGCGGCCGCGCUGGGCGGGGGCUCCUCCAGCCUCUCCCAGCAGGUCCACUCCCUCUACACCCUGACGCCGUGCCCGUGA